UAUUCACUAUUUGCUAUCUUCUAAAGCGCGAGUUUUUGCACUUAUUUUCAUUUUCAGAUUGUUUAUCCUCAUCGAAUACUUUAUCUACUUUGAUAUCAUUCUCUUUCUAUCCACCUGUUCUUUAUGUACUACAGUGAAUUAUGGCAACUUGGACUGAGUCACCUAUGUGCUAGGUUCUAUGUUGAUUUUGUCAGUCAGUUAGUGAAAAGCUCUGAUUUGUAUGCAGCUUGUGAAGUUUGUCAAACAAGUCAAAUUCUGGUCAUCAUCGUUUCUGUAAACAAACGGUUAUUCAAGCCUAUAUAAUAUCACAUUCUAGGUGCUUCAAGCCGCUUUCUUUAUUUCAUCUUUUUAGAUGCAUUUCUGGCUAUCAGAUGGAACAAUUUAAGUAUUACAACUCACAUGGCAAAGAAAUGGUAGAUCGUGAUAUUGUCUGUGUCCUGCAUCGUAACGGCAAUAUAUCUAUUUAUUUUGAGAAGAUGCCUCAUGCCAAGUUAAUUGAAGAUGGGGAUCCGAAUCAUAUGGAUCAAACUUAUUACCCAACGAAAAUUCAAAAUCUGGUAUAUUCUCCGAAAUACGGUCAUCAUCAGAUUAAAGUUCCAGUGCCAAUGAUAAAGUCCCGCACUUUGGUUGAAUUUAUCCCGAAGUCUGAAGGCUGCGCCGAAAAAGGAAUUUGCGAUGCAUGUACCAAGGCUUCCACAUCGACAAGGAAAUGCUACUGGUGUUCAAGAAUCAACAAGUGUGGUGAUGACGAUGACAUUCACAAUAUAAAGUGGAUAAGAUCUGGUUGUUAUACCUUAAAUGUCUCAAAAUGUCAAGACUUGAAGUUCACCGCUUCAAACCAGACCUUGAAGGUGAUUAAUUCUCUGUUGCUGACAAAUCACUCACCCACUUCUCGAGUUGCCUCAGUCACGAGGGUGUUUCACAGCAGAAAAGAAACGAAUAUUUCGAAACAUCCGGAAGAUAGAUUCAAUACUAGUCAACUUCAAGAACCCCAUACAUCUUACAUAUUUGUAAAUUAUUAUCCUGGUAAUGUUCAUCAAGGUUGGUACAUAUUCAUUACAGCCGCAAUAAUGGCUAUGGUUCCGACCAUCUCAUUUGCAGCGUUACUUUUAUUAUUAAUAGCAAAGUAUAAAAUAACUAUCGGACGAAGUCAAAUCUAAGUGCUUUCUGAAGUUUCCGAAGCCAAAAAAUAAUGCAACGUCUGACGCUGGACCCAUGCAGUUUGAUUUCUAACAAGAGACUAAUUCAUCUUGAUAGAAACUGAUUUGUAUAUAUGCGAG